UGAAAAACGAAUGCAGCAGAUGAUAAACUAUUGCUAUACUAAUAUUUCAGAAUAAAGUUUUAAAUAGGUUCUUUGUAGGUAACUUGGAGGAAAACAUAUAUAUGAAUUCAGGUCACGCCGAGUUUAGUCAAGGGUAUCAUCAAGGAUCCUAUGCGUACACCACACCAGCAUUAUCAUCAGUUGCAAGCAACUCUGGUCAUGAUAUUAAUAAACCAGUAGCUGCUGCCCAGCAAGCAAUGUAUUCUAGUGCUGGCAUGCCUGUGCCAUCACAGCAUCACCAAUCCAUGGGAGGACCAAUUGCAUCUCCCCAGCCUAUAAUUCAACAAGGGCAACAGAUGUCUAGAAACCCCACCAUCGCAAUGCCCACGGCUUAUUAUCAAAGAAACAACGUCCCUCCUCGAACAAUGCAGAGCAUGCCUCGAAAUCCUAUAGGUGCAGUUGUCAACCAGCCUGGUCAACAACCGUCUUCUCAAUAUGCGCCAAUGCCAAUUAUGGUUCCGAUACAACAUAAUUUUAAUUCGUUCCCGCCAACAUUGGUCAAUCAUCAAUUUCCACAAAUGUACCAACAUAGAGCGUACAAUGCUCCUCAGUAUCCUGUUAAACCGAGUCAGCAAUACUUAUGGAAUUACAACACUCCACCACCUCAGAAUUCAAAUGGUUACUUUCCUUCUCAUGGGAUGUCCAGCUACCAGUCGAUGCCUCGUAAGUCUAUUCCUGCUCAGCCACAACAACAGCGCAGCAGGAAUAGUGAAAAGGCUAUUCCACUUAUUGAUCCAAAGACUGGAAAAAAUGUGUUAAGUGUUGAUAAAAAUGUGACAGAUAGUAAUUCUCUUCCAGACAAAGAAAGAGAAUCUGAAAAUUCAGACUCGAAUAUCUGUGUGCAAUUUGCAACACAAGUUGCUGCAGUUCUAAAUGACAGCCGUAGUGAUAUCACAUCAAAGCAACCUGAGUCUGUGAGGAUAGAUACCCUGUGUUCUCAUGAAAAUGAAGGAAUAAGAAUGCCAAUAACUCCUGUUGUUGAGCUUGUUGAUGAAAAUAUAAGUGAACUCCAAAACAUUGAAAAUUUAAGUGAAGUUGAAUUCACUGAAAAUACCAAUCUGAUAUGCAACGACGAAAUCGGAGGACCUUACUACAGAAAAGAUAUAGAUUCAAAUAGUAUUAUUGAAUCCGAGUCUGGUGCCACUAAAAAUGUAGACUUGGAAGCCAAGACUGAGGAUAGAGAACAAAAUGUUUUUGUGGUACCUGUGGAAUCAUCUAUAUCUGAUAAGGAAGAAUCAACAAAAACAGAAAAACUUAAUUCUCCUUCUAAUGUUGAAAAGGUCGUAGUAUUUAGUGAAAUUAAGAAAACAAACAAUGUUAAAUCAGUAAUAGAAUCAGACUGCUCUAAUAGUAUACAAGAAUCGGUACAACCAAUAGUUGCUUCUGUUAAAGAAGAACUUGUACAACCCAACAAUAGUGAAAUUCUGGAAUCUUCAUCAGCUGUUAGUACUAAAAUUCCUGAUAAAGUAUUAACGGAAGGAAAGAAAAACAAAACAAAGAAGAAAAAAGAUUGCAAUAAGCGAGGUGAAAGGAAAAAGGGUGAAGAAAUGGACGCACAUCUGGAUUCAAAAGAAGGUGCAACUGUAUUUCUGUUCUCACCUCCUCCAUCUGUUACAUUGGUAGCUUCAACAUUUGUUUCUACUCCUGUUUCUGAAAGAAAUUCAUCACUUGUACCUAUAAUGAACAGAAGAAUUUUGAAUGCUUUUCGACUGCCUGAGGAUACCACACCUCAAAAUGGCAUAUUGCCAAGUGAAUCGGCUAGUAAAACGUCCUUUGAAUCAUCAAAUGCAGGUAGCAAGGACAAGGAACCUCAUACUAUUGUUAAAAAGCAGCAAAAUAACAUAGUUUUAAAAUUCAGUUACAAAGAAGAUCAGUGGAGCCCGCUAAAUCCUGAAGGCAAGAAACAAUAUGAUCGGGAGUUUUUGUUGCAGCUGCAAUCUCAACCUAUGUCAUUAUGCAAACCUAGCAAUUUGCCAAAUUUAGAUGUGAUUAAAAACAAGGCCCAUAUACAAAAACUCACUGAAGUGAAUAGGGUACCUCCAACAGUUAUGAAUAAUCCAAUGCGGGCAUAUGAUCCUUUUAUGUCAGGAUUUGCACGGGGUGGACUUAUGCCUAGAAUGCCUCGUAAUCCUGGCAAACAACAGAAAAAAGGGAAAGGAAAGGCAAAAAAAGAUACGAGCGUUCCAAAUCAAAAAGUGGAAUUACACGAAUCCCAAAAUCCUUGGAAGCCAUUACAUAAAACUGAGGUACCACUUAAUGAAAAGGAUAAACUGAAAAGAAGUGUUAUAAGUGUAUUGAAUAAAUUGACACCUCAGAAGUUUGAAACUCUGCUUGCGCAACUUAAAGGCCUCAAUAUAUAUACAGAAGACAGACUAGCUUUUGUUAGCAAUUUAAUAUUUGAGAAUGCUAUAAAUGAAAGGAAGUUCAGUGCUGUUUAUGCUAAACUUUGUAAGCAUUUGGCUCUGAUUAAGGUGUCAGUAUCUGGAAUGUCUGAUGACAAUAUUAAUUUCUCCAAGUUAUUGCUUGAUAAAUGUCUAGAGGUGUUUGAACUAAGCAGAAGUGAUGAACUAAAAGAUGAAGAAAACAUGAAGACUUUAGAAUCAGCUGAUUCUCAUAAAAGAAAAGAAUUACAACUGGAAUAUGAAGAAAAGAAGAGAAAGAUUAAGAAUAAACGAUUAGGAAAUAUAAGGUUCAUUGGAGAACUAUUUAAACUGAAUAUGUUCACUGAGCCAAUUACGCAUGUAAUUAUUAAAAGGCUUCUAAAUCAAGAAAAUGAGCAAUCUUUAGAAUGUCUUUCUGAAUUUUUAAAAACGAUUGGUAAAGAACUGGAUGAUAAAGAAGCAACUAAAAAUUCUUGUGACAAGCAGUUGGAUAUCUAUUUAGCUCAAAUAGAAUUAAUUGUUGAAAAGCGUUUGACAAGUCUUAGAAUUAGAUUUAUGCUGCAAGAUGUUAUAGAUCUAAAAAAAAAUAACUGGGUGCCUAGAAGAAAGGAAAACAAUCCUAAAACUAUUGAUGAAAUUCGUAAAGAAGCAGAGUGCGAAGUUUGUGAACAGCAACAUCUUUAUAAUAAUAAGACUAAUUAUCCCAAGACAACAUCUGAGGAUAGGGACCGACAAAAAAAUAUUGAAUUAGGUGUCCACAUCUCAGAGAACAAUGAAGAUGAAUCGGAGAAGUCUAACUCCUUUAGAGAUAGUUUUCGUCACAAUAUUGAUUUUGAAGAAGCAAUAAAGACUGUCAUUGAGCUGUCUUCUCCAAAUACUGCACAUAGGUACAUUAAUGCUACUAUUAAUGACUUUCUUGAACGGUCUAGUGAAGCUAGAUAUUCUCUUGGCCAGUUAUUGUCUUCAUUUCUGAAAAAGAAAAUAAUUUCAUUUGACCAGUAUAAGAAAGGAUUUGCUGGUGUCCUAGAAAUUAUAGAUGAUUAUGCUCUGGAUAUUCCUUUAAUUUGGGAUUAUAUAGGAGAAAUCCUGGAACCAAUGGUAGAAGAUGUUGAAAGUCCUUUUAAAUUAUUAAAAGAAGUAUUAGAACCAUGCAUACCAUCUGAGAAGGCUGGUAUGCUGGUUUCAUCCAUACUUCACUGUGCUGCCAAGCGGAAGGGCACAAUAAAACUUGGAGAAGUCUGGAAAAAAUCCGGCGUGCAGUGGUCUGAUAUCAUUGGAACUGAUAGGAAUGUAGCUGAUUUUGUUAAAGAGCAUAAACUUGAAUUUACCGCGAGCCCAACAAUGGAUAGUCCUCAGACUCGGAUACCGAUGGAAGAAAUGAAAGAAAUGAAGAAGCAUUUGUUGUGUCUGUUAGAAAAAAAUUCUGAAUUAGAAGAAGUUUUCGAUUGGGUUACUGUGAAUAUAUCUAAUACUAGCAAUCCAAUCUUUAUCCGUGCCUUGGUAACAGCAGUCCAUGAAAGUUGUUUAUCAAGUUCCGGAACUACAUGGGAAUUAAAUACAAGCAAACUGACAUCAAGGAUGCCUCUCAUAUCACUUUAUGUAUCCACAAAUGAAAAAUUGCAACUGCAAGCUUUGUAUGCAAUACAAGCUCUUAUGAAUCAGUUAGGUCAACCUAGUUGUCUUCUGCAUCAAAUUUUCGAUAUUUUAUGCGCUGAUGAUGUUAUUAGUGAAGAAUCUUUUAGAGAAUGGGAGCAGAGUGAUGAUCCCAAUGAAGCGGAUGGCAAGAUUGUUGCUGUUCAUUCCGUGAAAACAUUUUUCACUUGGUUAUGAGAACCUGAAAAAGAAACUGAAGGACUGAACGCUGCGUGACUAUCACUGGACUACUUGCCAGUGACUGUGUAUAAAUACACAAUAAAAAAUUUAAAUGCUUUUCAUAGACUCAAAAAUGAAAUAUAAAAGAUGAAUGUUUGGAUCUCUUUUCAGAGUUAUUUUUGAAAAUGGUAUAUUGUUUGUGCAAUUAUUUGUGUAAACAGAGGAAAGAUCUGAUAAAAAUAUUCCUGCGUUGAUGAGUGAAUGGCAUUUGUAUGUGUUCGUUUUUGUAAGAAUGUGAGUUAGUUCACCUUUCUAUGAUUUAAAUGCCUGUAUAAUUUUUGGUAUUAAAUGGGAUGGUCUUUACAUCAUUUUUUUCU